UGUUUAGGCAUCUAACACCGUUGAAUAAAACGUUUCUACCGUUUCUCAAAGAAGAAUUUCGCGACAUGCACAAUCCGGACAACAAGAUGCCUGGUAUUAACACAUGCCAAUUGCUAUUGGGCCACGCCAUGAGCUACACAGGGUGGCAUGUUGAAAACGUCAAUUUGCCGUCCAUCAAUUACCAUCACAGUGGAAAACCGAAGUACUGGGUGGUGGUUGCCGAGAAAUACGGCGUGCUGCUCAAGGAAUUCUUCCGUAAAAACAUUCCUAGUUUUUACGAAGAAUGCCGAUCUGCAAACGAUCCACCGAUCCCCUUUCACUGCUUCAAGCAGUGUAAGGGGGAUUACAUCAUCACUUUCCCAGAAGCCUUCCAUUUUGUGGUGAAUUUCGGCUUGAAUGUGGCUCAAGCGACAAACUUUGCUUUUCCCGAGUGGCUGCCCUUUGCCAAGGCUCGGGAAGGGUGCAGUUGCGUCUAUUCGGAAUCGUUUAUAGCCGUUAGCUCGCGUUUCAAUUUGUGAAGUGUACUGUGUUUUCCAUAUUUUCAUUUUUUUGGCGAAUUCAUUGUAACGUUUUUUAUUCUUGCGGUGUGUCUAUACUUGUACCGAUCUAGACGUCUAUGAAUUA